AUGAUGGCCUCGCCUUUGAAGAAGCAACCGCAGGAUGUAGCCGACUGCGUCUUGAAGCGUGCAGAAGUCAGCAAGAUUGCCCGCCGACUCCAGAACCGCCUCGCACUUGCGCAGUUCAAGACCAAGCAUGGCUGGGAAGACCUCACGCUCGACCUCCUCGAACCCAAGGUGGAAGAAGUCCGACGCAAGCGUCUCUACGAGGGCGAUGUUCUCUCCGACUCUUCGUCCAGUGCAUCCGACCUGCCGUACCCGACCAAGACGCUCAUGAGCUCUCCCCUCAAGGCACCCUUGUUCUCCGAUGCCGUCGGUUCCAGCAAUGGCAGCUCCGGGCAUCGCAAACGCACCUACUUUGCCUCGUUUGACAACAACGCCUCGAGCCCUACCAAGCGCUUCCGCGGCUCCCCGACAACGCACAAGUCAUUUGGCGGGCACACCCUGUGGAAGGAUGGACACCAGCUCACGCAUUCGUCCCCCAUGAAGCCCCGGCGGCAGCAGCACUUUACCACCUCGGCCGGGCCGGACGUCUCUUUCUUCCAGCAGCGGCGAAUGACCAGCGAGCUGAAUGCUCACCCGAAUUUCACCGCCCCGGACGAGGACGAUGACGAUCUUUUGCCCGCACACUCGUUUGCCGCAAACAUUCGGUCUUCUCCGCCUCGCACGCCGCCGAUGCAGUCCCGGACCUUGCGAAAGAGGGGAGGCGGCGCCGAGGGUGGCCAGGAGGGAGCGGAUCUUCUGCUGUACCUGGCAGCAUCGCCGUCGCCAGCGGUCAAGCCAAACAGGUCUCGGAUGGAGCGGCCGUCGACACCGCCGCCCAAGAACAGCAAGCUGGAUUUGCCCUCGGCCAUGAUGACCACGCCUGGAGGAGGCAAUCCUUUCCCCAACACCCCCGGACAAGGCUUCGACUUUGCCGACUUUGUCAACAUUACCCCAAGCCCAGCUCAAAAAGUCUGGAAGACACCCAACCCCCUCACCGGCGCUCGCACUCCCCGCAGCGUGGCCAGGAAGCGCCUUACGUUUGAUGAGCCUCGACCCUGA